AUGUUCGAGUCUUUAAGAUAUAAACAUGACCUUGCCAGGAAGGUUAAGUCAAAGAUAGUCAGAGACGUACAAGAUCCUAAGGUUAGACUCGUGAACUUAGUUACUCAGUCAAAUAUGUAUGGAAUUUUGGUGAAGAAUAUUGUCAGGGAGCAAAGUGUUGCUAAGGCACUGAGAUUGCAGCAAGACGAAAUGGUAGUAGUUAGUGGGCGCAUUCAGUCCUUAGGGAAUGAAGGCGCAAGCUCUGUAUUCGGAGGAAGAAUUCGCCAGGGUUUCAACGAAAUGUAUCACUCGUGCACCAAUUCCUCUUCAGAAGAGGAAGACUCGGAAAAUGAAUACAGCUCAUCUGAACCCGACUCUACUGGUAAUUCAGAUUCGUGUUCAGAUUCAGACUCGGACUCAAAUUCGGAUUCGGAUUCUGAUUGCCAAGGCUAUGAUUCUGAUGAGCAUGAAAAUCGCCUUAUAUCUUCGCCCUCGUAUGUUAAAAGUAUGGGGCAAUAUAUUUUAACAGAGUAUCACUCUCCAGCGCCACCGGCUUGGCCCAUAAUAGAGAGCAUUGAGAUCAUCAGCGAUGGCAGUUACGAUGUGGCCUACGACUCUGCUUCCGAUUCUGAUUCUGAUAGAGAUUCUGAUUCUGGCCCUGAGUAUGCUCAGCCGUACUGGUGUAUACCAGUUGAGAUACGUAAUAGCCUGCUCCCAUCAACAUGUGGGCUGCAUUUUCUCCCAGUGAUCUUUGAAGAACAUGAGUCCCUGGAGGACUCAUACAUAUUGCUUGAGGAUUAA